AUGAAAUCACAGCACCAAGCGAUCGAAACAUUCGUCAGCCUGAAAGCGAUGACCGGCCAAAUCUACCGGUACGUGUUCAGGCCAACAGAAGACGCGCUGAUUCCGAGAGUGCUUCUCGUAGACGGAAUGCAAAAAGGCGCAGAUUCCGGUUACAAUCCUGUUCAUCGGCCCAAUCAUCAUCGUCAUCGAGCGAGGAAAUUACCGUAG